UACCUAAAUUUAGAAGAAUUCGAAAUAUCACCCCUUUUGAGGUCAAAUUUUGUUAGCCCAUAAAUGGAUUUCCAAUAAUUUCGGAAGAUUCAAUGCACGAUAUUAACUUUCACGAACCCUAAAAAGAACCAUAGAAUCUGGUUUUUCAAUGGCUCAAAAUCCUUAGAUAAAAAUUAGGAAAUUGUCUAACGUUGUUAGAGGACAUCCUGAUUCCUGCGAGCAAAUAUUCUACGUACAUUCGCGAAAAUCUUCCUCUUCGAAAUCUUGCUUUCAGGGAGGAAAAAAUGGCUUUUCAUGAACCACAGAACGAUGAGAGAACCGCAGAGCAAAAGGCAAUUGAUGAUUGGCUUCCGAUCACUUCUUCUCGGAAUGCCAAAUGGUGGUAUUCGACUUUUCACAACGUCACCGCCAUGGUCGGCGCCGGUGUCCUCAGUCUCCCGUACGCCAUGUCGGAACUUGGAUGGGGACCUGGAAUUACAAUUAUGAUCCUUUCUUGGCUCAUCACCUUCUACACAUUAUGGCAAAUGGUCGAAAUGCACGAAAUGGUUCCUGGUAAGAGGUUCGACAGGUACCACGAACUAGGCCAACACGCCUUUGGUGAAAAGCUCGGCCUUUGGAUCGUUGUACCUCAACAGGUUGUCGUUGAAGUCAGUACUUGCAUCGUUUACAUGGUUACCGGAGGAAAAUCUCUGAAAAAAUUCCAUGAUACAGUCUGUCCAAGUUGCAAGGAUAUCUCACUCACCCUUUUCAUCUUGAUCUUUGCUUCCGUUCACUUUGUGAUAUCCCAUCUGCCUAAUUUCAACUCGAUUUCGGUCAUUUCCUUUUCUGCAGCUGUGAUGUCUCUAACUUAUUCGGUUAUUGCUUGGGCAACUUCACUCGCUAAGGGAGCUCAGGCAAACGUGAGCUAUGGCCCACGAUCCUCGACUACAACCGGGAAUGUAUUCAACUUCUUCAAUGCAUUGGGUGAUGUGGCUUUUGCCUAUGCUGGACACAAUGUGGUGUUAGAAAUUCAGGCAACAAUUCCCUCAACUCCUGAGAAACCUUCAAAAGGGCCCAUGUGGAAAGGAGUAAUAUUUGCAUAUAUAAUUGUUGCCAUUUGUUAUUUCCCAGUUGCAUUCAUUGGAUAUCACACUUUUGGGAAUGCAGUAGAUGACAAUAUUCUUCUUUCACUUGAAAAACCCAAUUGGCUUAUUGCAUUGGCAAAUAUGUUUGUUGUUAUUCAUGUCAUUGGAAGCUAUCAGAUAUAUGCCAUGCCGGUGUUUGACAUGAUAGAGACUUGUCUUGUAAAGAAAUAUAAGUUUAAGCCUUCAACCAAGCUUCGGUUCACUACUCGUACCUUAUAUGUUGGAAUUACAAUGUUCAUUGGCAUGACAUUCCCAUUUUUUGGCGGUCUACUUGGAUUCUUUGGUGGUUUUGCUUUGGCUCCAACAACAUACUAUCUACCCUGCAUCAUGUGGCUCAUCAUCAAAAAACCCAAAAGAUUCAGCCUAUCUUGGUGUAUGAAUUGGACCUUCAUCGUCUUAGGGGUUCUGUUGAUGAUUCUGGCACCCAUUGGUGGAUUGAGGAACAUAAUUUUGUCUGCAAGCAACUACAAAUUCUACCAAUGAGGUUUUAUAUCCGAAGAUAUAGGCUCGAUUUCUCAGCAUUUAAACGCGAUCUUGUCAUUUGUUCGAUCUAUUGUUACGCGUUCGACCAUGUCAGUGACAACAUAAAUAAAUCACACCAAUGAUUUCGUAGCUUCUGCAAGUUUUCUACAAACAUGCAAUGGAUAGAAGUCUUGAUGUCUUUUUAAUAAGGUAGUGUUAGUAGUGUCGAGGUAUUCAGUUUACAUAUUAAUUAGAUCAUUUGUUUAGAAUGUUGCAAAUGUUCUUUUUCUUCAUUACAUCUUUAAUUAUUGCACUUUUGGUCAAC